GUCAAUGUUAAUGAAAAUUCUGUUUUUGUUUUUCAGCUGAAUUUUCGGAUUUUUUUUUGCAGUUUUGUUUUGAAUUUAAAUUCAUCCAGAAGAAAAAACAAUGGCUAAUCUGAUUAAAAAGACUACUCGACUAACGGGUUUGAAAGUUUUAAAAAAUCCAAGAGAAGAAUUAAUCACAUGUUACAAAAAUACCUUGAAAAUUUUGAAUGAAAUGCCCGAUACAGCAGCAUAUAAACGUUAUACAAUGGCUACCGUUAAUCAACGAUUAACAAUUGUUCAAAAUGAAAAUGAUCCAUCACAUAUUGAACAAAAUAUUAAAUGUGGCCAAUGUGAAGAAUUAUUAGUACAAGCUAAAAAUGAAUUAUCAUUAGCUAGAAGAUUUUUAUUGGAAAAACCAUGGGAACCGAUGACCAAACAACCACCAGCUAAUCAAUGGAAAUGGCCUGUUUAAUUUUCGAAUCAUUUUCUCCCUCUAUAGAAUUCAUUGAAUAAUAGUCGUCGUUAUGUAAUAUUUGUAUUCAAUUUUUAUUUGUUUUUCUCCAGAAUUAUAAUGAUGAUGA